AAAAAAAAAAAAAAAAAAAAAAAAUAAAAAUGAAAAAAAGCUGUCCUCUCAGUGUUGAAAAUAAAAGAGUGGAGUGAGUCCCAUUAGUAUGUAAGUUAAAUUGAAUGUGUGUCCUAUUGUAUUUUGCACCGGUCCCAACCCCCCAACCCCCAAAAAAUAUUGACUGGUCAUUACAAGUAUUUUAGAUUACUUCAAUAGUGAUUUAAAUCAUUCACAGAUCGAAUUUUAACUGUGAUAUGUGCAGUAAAUAAUUAUUGAGUAAAGAAUUCAUCCACAUGUUAUAUAUUCGCCACAGAAAUCUGAGAAUAAGAUCCCGCCUAUGGCCUUUUAUCCAUAAUAUAUAAAGGUACAUGUAUGUCUACUUUCGUUUUGAUAACAAUUGAAUAAAUGACAAGAUGAAACAGAUAGAACAUACUUGACGCUUGGAUUAAUUAACAUGGCAAAUGUAGAUAAAAAUUAUCAUAUUUUUUCCAAAUAUAGAAUGGGUAUGAAAAGUAUUUUUAAAUGUGACCCUGCAACGAACCCCAUGGAAAUUCCGACAAAAAUUGAAACGUUUAAACAGUCAACAGUAAGCAGAAUGUGACCAACUUUCACAACUGUUGAUAAGAUAUUGACGUCGUCAGUAAUGGCAGACAGAAAGCGUCGUGAUUCAGCUGUUGAGUCUGAUCUCUUGCAAAAGCGUUUUAGAGCAGACUCCAACAGCAAAGACGAUGGUGAGGGUGAUGAUGAUGAUGAUGAUGAUGAUGAUGGUGAGGAGGAGGAGGAGGAAGAAGAAGACAAUGUUACCAAUAUCUACUGUCAACUUUCUGAAUAUGACCAGGCGAUCCUACUUCAUGUGUUGACAGGAAAUGACGUGAUUUAUUUUAGGAAGAUAGAUAUAGGGAAAUUCCAUAAAUAUUUGGAAAAAAACAGAAGCUUGUGUGACAUGGACAGCAGACCAGUAGAGGAGGAUAUCCGUUCUAUUAAAUCAAUGACAGACAAAGGAGACGUGUUGAAGUGGGACGAGGAAAAAGUAGAGUUUUCUUCUCCUGAGGUCAGAGAUAGGAUUAUUGAAGAGUUUGCAGGCAUUGUCAGAACUGAUGGUGAAUAUCUGAUGUUGAGCAGGAUUAUUGAGAACAACUGGCGUGACCCUAAAUCUGAAGGAAUUAGAAAACGAAUCAUCCAGAACAUUAUGCAGCCUUUUGUCUGGAGAAAAGGACUUGACUUCAUCGACUAUGUCACAGAGGGUUGGUUUUUUCCUCAUGGAUGUAGCGUUAUCACCGAAAUACCAUAGAUUCUGUCCACAGAAAGCGCUUGAGCUCGGAAGCUUCCGGGGACUUUGUACCCUGAACCUCCACUACGACUUUGAUUUGGACUCACUGGGUGCCUUAAGGCUGCCCUCGGACACCCUGCCUUUUCGGCCUGCACAUAAUUUCGUUCUUCGUAGCUAUAACCUUCUUUAUAAUAGACACAUGUAAAAUCGCAGGUGCCGAUAUGAAGACAGUAGUUUUUGUACGACUUUACACACAGCAGAUACAUUGUGAGAAAUGUGGAUUUUGUUGUACAGUUUCAGCAUCGUCAUCAUAUAUCUUAGUAGUCAUGUUGUAAUUGUCAGUGUGUGUCAUGAAAGUCAGUUCUACUCGAAUUACAUAUUCUGCUGUCUUUUCUUGAAAUUUCCUUUUAAAAUAGUCUGUUUAGCGCUUAUUUUCCUAUUUUGAUCUUUUGUAAUCUACCCCCUACAUACUAUGGAAUUGGGUCGCCUGAUUUGAGUGUUCUACGCGUUUUCUUUUAGUAUUUCGGUCAGCACAUAAACACGAUUUAAAUAUUUGAACAUAUCGAUGUAAACAAACUCCUAACAUCUAUGCGAUACUAAUGUUUGGCCUCUAAACAAAACCUUAACGUAUUUCAGAGAGUGAAGUGCAAAACUGGACCUUUGAAAUGAUGUUUAUUUUAAAAUGAUUUAGUUCUUAUUGUAUCCUUGUCUCUGAUUGGUCAAAUUCCAAUUGAGGAGCGCCGGUUAUUUUUGUAUAACCUGGUUUGGUAUGGGGACACAGCCCCUUGAUAGGAUACCGCAAGUAUUUCCCCCCUCUUUAAAGAACCAGAGCCACGAAGUACUAAAAUUGGCCCUUUCGCCAAAAUAACUGAGACUUUCACAGUGAAUGCUCUAGGAUUUAUAGGUUAUAGAACAAUUUAUUUUACAACUAUAUCUUUUCUAGUUUUCGUUUUACAGUCGUUUAAACUUUGUGUUGUUUUUCAACAGAAAAGCUAUAUAAAGUCAUGGUGUUGACGUUAUGAGAAUCACAGUGUAAUACACAAAAAAUGGACGCAUAGGUUAAUAUAUAUUUUUUGGGCUUAUUCUGGUUGUAAAUCACAAUUGUUAAAAUACUAGGAACUUGUAUAUUUUCUAUCACGAUGUUUAAAUUUGUGAUAUAUCCCCCUUCCCCACUACAUAACACUUUACUAUUUUUUCCCGCUAUAUUGGCUAUAAUUGAAAAAUCGUGAUCAAAAAUUAAAAUUCCUUUCAGUGAAAAGACCACAGCAAAUAGUAUUAUUUUACCGUCUAUCUCAAAGACGAGUUUAUAUUUUCAAGUUACAUAUAUCUAUUCGUAUCAAUUUCCAUUAAAAUUGAUAUUAACUGACGAUAAAAAAAAAAAAAAAAAAAGAGAGACCACUGUAUGAUUUUGGUUAAACUUGAGUAAUUAUAGUAACUAAUUAGAAAAAUUGAUUUUUUGAACAUCCACCUCGUAAACUAAACUUUUAAAAAUAAAACACGGUGGACCUUUAAAAUUGUUGGCACCUCUGAAGUCAUAAUUUUCUGAGCGAGGUUGAUCUUUAAGUCCACGGAGGAUCUAAGUGCAUACAUGUAUCUGACAUCUGUGUCUCCUUUGUGCCACCGUGCACCUUCGUGUGAUAAAAAAAGAUAAUAAAUACUAAGCGAAAUAUUAGUGGGUGAAAAUUAAAACGUAUAAAACGGCGACUUGUAUAUAUUCAUACAUUUAAUGAUAUAUAUUAUUGUAAAUUUAAAAUAGUAAUUUAAAAAAAAAUGUACCUUCACUGUCUAUCUUUAAAGAAUUAUCAUACUGAUUUGAUAACUUACUUAAAUUGUUUACAUGUUGGAGUUUGCUAUUCGAAAGAAUUCAUCUUAAUUACUCUUAACUUAUGACGUUCGUUAUGUGUUAAUUUUUAACGUUUAUAUGUUUGAAGCAGAUAAAUUGUUUUUAAAACCCCCAGAAAUAGAGUGGACAGUGUCGCUAAAUGGAUUUUAAUUAUCUCUAAAUAGAAACCUCAACAUGUUUGUAAAUCGGGAUUAUUUCUUGUAUAUAGAUAUAUCAAGAUAUUGAUACAUAUCCGUAUGCAGACUUCCCCGCAGACGUUCACACCUUUAUGAAACGGUCAAAUUCUCGACAUCCCAUACGUGUUAGUCGGUAUAUUGUUUCACAGCACGAGCAGCACGAGUUCACCAAAUAAGAGACUUUUAGGAUCAUUUAACUUUAAAAAUGAACAAACGUUUGAUAGUUAGGCACGUAACAUCGGUUUAAAAAAGAGAGGGGCAGUCCUAACUUGCGCCAGCCGAAUAAUUUAACACGGAAAAAAGGGAAAUUAAAUAUAUCAGAAUGAAGUGGAAUGGUUAAUAAUAAGAAAAAUAUUGUUCAUUUUAAGAUUUGAUUAAACUUCCCGUACCUGUAUACAAUUGCAGAUCUCUCUCUUUCUCUCUCUCUCUCUCUCUCUUUCUCUCUCUCUCUCUCUCUCUCUCUCUCUCUCUCUCUCUCUCUCUCUCUCUCUCUCUCUCUCUCUCUCUCUCUCUAAGUUAUAGAUUCAGUACAGUUGUAUACCGUGUAUGAAUAGACGCAACUAAAAUGCAAAUCGUCAAAUCAUUUUGUCUGUAUAUUUUUUGUGUAAACUAGUUGCAUUUGACACCGAGAUUUCAAAACACCCUUACAGCUGACUUAGAUGGGUCGAUGUGGCGAUCUAUCCACUGCACACUUAAAGAAAUUGAAUUCGGGAGGGGGAUUGGGACAGUUUGAGUUGCUGAAGACCACCACCCACCACCGCCACCACACACAUAUACACAAUUUAAGGUUUUGAAGA